AGUUGAGCAAAACUGCAAUGACAAGGUCCUCCAUGGCACAAUCUGAAUCCCUCUCUGCAGAAAUUGAGACACUGAGCCAAGUCUCGAGUCUAAUGGAAGCCUUUCGAGCUUUCGACUCAGACAACGACGGCUUCAUUACAGAAGCAGAGCUUGGUGGAAUCCUGGGGUCACUGGGUUACAAAGCUAGCCAACAAGAUGUGAUGGCAAUGAUGCAACAAGGAGACGCUAACAAAGAUGGUUUGCUAAGCAUAAAAGAGUUCUUAGAUAUGAACACUAAAGAUAUGGAACUUGGUGAGCUUGCAAAUUCUCUCAAGACAGCCUUUGAAGCUCUCAACGCUGAUGGCGGUGAGGUUGUGACUGCAGAGGAGUUGUAUGAACUUGCACGGGAUAUUGGACUGGAGUUGCCUAUGGAGGAUUGGGAGAACAUUGUUGGUUGUAUGGAUGUGAAUGGAGAUGGAGCUGUUAGUCGUCAAGACUUCAAUCUAAUUGUCAAUUCUCUUAUAUAGAUUUCCAAAGUCCCUAGUUACUAAUCAGUGAUUACUAUCUGGACUAAGGAGGGGCUACAUGCAAUAAUAAACUUUUUCUGAGGGAAAGCAAUAAUUUAUCAAAUAAUUAAGCUCUACUUGUUCCUCCCUUUUGUUUGC